AUGGAUAGUUACCAACAGUCCUGCUCUGUUCCAGCAAGAACAGGGGACCUCGCCCCAGAACUGAGAAAUGGAAUCCUGCCACAGGUUCCCUUUGUCCAAGAUCAGGCCAGACAUACGCCUUGGGUCCUCAAGGCCGCUGUGGUCUGCGCCCUUCUCCUACAGGUGGACGCCCACUUGUCCUGGACUCGGACCUCUUUGAGUUCCCACUCCCUGUGGUAUUGCACCACUGUCAUGUCGUGGCCCGGCCUCCCGGAGUCCCGGAUCAUAGUCGUCGGUAAGGUGGAUGAUACAGAGUUCCUGCGAUUGGACACCCACUACCCGGGGAUUCCGUGGAUCCCGUGGAUCUCCGUGGAUCUCCGCGCGCUGGAGCAGGAGGGGCUGGAGUUCUGGGAGAUUCACAUAGUCUGGACUCAAGCACGGCUGUCUGAAAGGAACCUGAUCACCCUGGUUCGUCUUUACAAUGAGAGCAUGGACGACUCUCACACACUGCAGUGCCUGCGGGGCUGCGAUGUGGAGCCAGAUGGGCGCCUUCUUCGCUGGUAUGACCAGAUCGUUUUUGAUGGCAUGGAUCUCCGCACCAUGAACCAAGACCUGAGUUCCCUGACAGCCGGGAGCAGCACUGUAGCUCAGAUGUUUCAGUGCAAGUUAGAAGCCUACCUGAAGGAUGACAGCUCUGAGCUGCUGCAGAAAUACCUGGAAAAAAGGAAGGAGAGGAUGCUGCAUUCAGAACCCCCAAAGGCCCAUGUGGCCCGUCACCCGAGAUCUGAAGGUGAUGUCACCCUGAGGUGCUGGGCCCUGGGCUUCUACCCUGCUGACAUCACCCUGACCUGGCAGUUGAAUGGGGAGGAGCUGAUCCAAGAAAUGGAGUUUGUGGAGACCAGGCCUUCAGGGGAUGGAACCUUCCAGAAGUGGGCAGCUGUGGUGGUGCCUUCUGGAGAGGAGCAGAAAUACACAUGCCAUGUGGAACAUGAGGGACUGCCUAAGCCCCUCACCCUGAGAUGGGAUAAGGAGGAGCCUCCUCCAUUCACCAUCCCUAACCAAGUUGGUCACUGUGGUUCCCUUGGAGUUGUGGCCUUCAUUGGAGUUGUGGUGUUUUGUGUGAUGAUGAAGAUGAGGAGAAACACAGGUAGGAAAGGGCAGGGUCUGAGUUUUCUCAGAGCCUGCAUGUUACAAGAACCAUAUAGUCCCCAAGAUACUGGCAAGAUUGUUGAGGAUGAUGAGGGAAUCUUCAUUGCCACCUUGACUGGAUUUAGAAUCACCUGGGAGAUGCCCCCUUGCGUGGCUGUGAAGGUGUUUCUAGACAGGUUUAGCCAAUAA